AGAGAGAGAGAGAGAGAGAGAGAGAGAGAGAGAGAGAGAGAGAGAGAGAGAGAGAGAGAGAAACCCCCUUAAUCCAAACUUACCCUCUACUAGUCCCAUCUACCUAUGACCCCUUCAACGUUUUGCUGCCCUAUAUACUUUGGAUCACAGCAUUGGUUGGUAAAGGUGGAGGAGGAAGGUGGGAAGGUACUUGGAUAUGGCGGGCGGGUGGAGGUGGAAUCAGAAGAGGGUGUGAAGGUACUUGGCUAUGGCGGUCGGGUGAAGGAGGUGGAGGUGGAAGAAGGUGUGAAGGUACCUGGCUAUGGUGGGUGGGUGAAAGAGGUGGUGGUGGAAGGCGCGAAGAUGCUUGGCUAUGGUGGAUGGGUGAAGGAGGUGGAGGUGGAAGAAGGUGUGAUGGUGCUUGGCUAUGGUGGAUGGGUGAAGGAGGUGGAGGUGGAAGAAGGUGUGAAGGUACNAUGGGUGAAGGAGGUGGAGGUGGAAGAAGGUGUGAUGGUGCUUGGCUAUGGUGGAUGGGUGAAGGAGGUGGAGGUGGAAGAAGGUGUGAAGGAGGUGGAGGUGGAAGAGGGUGUGAAGAUGUUUGGCUAUGGUGGCUGGGUGAAGGAGGUGGAGGUAGGAAAAGGUGUGAAAGUGCUUGACUAUGGUGGAUGGGUGAAGGAGGUGGAGUUGGAAGAAGGUGUGAAGGUGCUUGGCUAUGGUGGAUGGGUGAAGGACAUGGAGGUGGGAGAAGGUGUGCAAGUGCUUGGCUAUGGCAGAUGAGUGAAGGAGAUGGAGGUGGAAGAAGGAAUGAAGGUGCUUGGCUAUG